AUGGCGGACGAGAACCAGCAGGCGCACGCCGUCGCGAGAAAAGCGCCAGUCCCCGUGGCACCUGGCGCACCAGCCCCUAGCGCGCUAGCGGCGCCGGCGGGAGCGCGGUCGUUCUCGAGUCGCCGAGUGCUGGCCGAGGUGGGCAACCUGGUGGAGCUCACAGCCGCCGCCGCCGCCGCCACCGCCGCCGGAAAAGACGGGAAGCUCCCGACCUCCGCCGCCGCCGCUACCGCAACCGCCGCCGCACCGGCGCAAUUGGACAAGGGCGCCCGGGAGGCCUGCGCUUCGGCCGCCACCAGCGCCACCGCCGCCACCGUCGAUGUCCCCGUGCUUCUCGCCGUGUCCGCCGCUUCCUCCAGCGCCGCAACCGAGCAGCCUUCCGCGGAAGCUGCCGCCGCGAAAGCGGGGACGGGGGCGGGGGGGGCUUGCGGCGGGCGGAAGGUGGGUGAGCGGGAAGAACGGGAGGAGCGGGAGAGCGAGGAGGAGGGAGUGCCGAUGCUGACGAUGACGAUGACGGCGAGUCUGACGGCGUGCAGUGAGGAGGCGUGCGGAGGCGGAGGCGGAAGCGGGGGAAGCGGCGGAGUGGAUCUGAUGGAUGCGGAGGUGCCGGCGGUGAUGGAUAUCGACUGGGAGGACCGGCGCAACCCGCUCGCCGCCACGGCAUACGUGCGCGACAUCUACGCGCUGUACCGCCGCAUGGAGGUGAGCCGCGCCGCUGCUGCUGGUGGUGGUCGUAAGGGUGGUAAUGUUUUGAGCUUCUUCCCCCGGAUACUACCCCAACACAACACAUCCGCCCCUUUUUCCCCUGCGGAUUCUCCCCUUUUUCCCCCCGCGCGCGCGCACGUGCAGAGGGAGACGAUGGCGGCGGAGAGCUACAUGAGUCAGCAGGCGGACAUCAACGACAAGAUGCGCGCCAUUCUCCUCGACUGGCUCAUAGAAGUGCAUCUCAAGUUCAAGCUCAUGCCCGAGACGCUCUACCUCACCGCGAAUCUCAUCGACCGUUACCUGUCCCUCGCGCCCGUGCGCCGGCGCAACCUGCAGCUCGUGGGCGUGACCGCCAUGCUCAUCGCGUCCAAGUACGAGGAGAUCUGGGCGCCCGAGGUGCGCGAUUUCGUGUACAUAUCGGAUAACGCGUACAGCCGCGCGGAGGUGAUCGCGCUCGAGAAGGACAUGCUGAACGCGCUGCGGUUCCAGCUCACGGUCCCCACGCCGUACGUGUUCGCGUCGCGGUUCCUGAAAGCGGCGGCGGCGUCGGUAAGGGCGGCGGCGGGAACGGCGGCGGGGGGCGCGGCGGGGGGAACGACGGGAGGCGCGGUGGGGGCGGCGGCGGCGGGAGGAGGAGCGGAGAAGGUGAUGCAGAGUCUGGCGUGGUUUCUGCUGGAGCUGAGCCUGCCUGAGUACAGCAUGCUGCGGUUCUCCCCGUCGCAUCUGGCAGCAGCGGCUGUGUACACGGCCAUGCUAGCCCGGUCACAGAAUCUCAUGUCACACCAAAGCAUUGCCAGUGGAGGCGUUGCUAUCUCAGUUACUGUUACAGAUGGCCAGACUCCGGCUACCAGUGCUGCUGCUAGCGCCAUCAGUCUCACCCUGGGUCGGAGUAUCAGUACCAGCACUAGCAGCUGCAGCAGCAGCAGCAGCGGCAGCAGUGGCGCCAGCAGCAGCAGCAGCAAUGUAAGCCGACCAUUCUGGUGCCCUGUGAUGGUUCUCCAUACGGGAUACACUGAAGCGGAGCUACAGCCAUGUGUGAGGAUGAUGGUAGAGCUGCAGCAUAAGGCGGGCACCGGGAAUCUGACUGCCGUGUACAAGAAGUACAGCACCCCCAGGUUUGGAGAAGUGGCCAAGCUCCCUCAUGUGACCGUCCCAACGGCUGCACCUGGGCAGUAG